GCUAUUUUAUAUAUUUUUUAAUUACUUUGUUGUAAUCCAUGACAUCUACAACAUUGUCACGGUCUGCUGACGGUGCUACCCAAGGUUGGGUUUAGAACCUAUGUUCUCCAGGUAAAGUUAAAAUGUAUCGUUCCAAAUGGCAGUCCUCCAGCAUCCCAUAAUUCUUGUGUUUAUACUGUCAUCCAGUCAAAAAUGGCGGACACCAGUAACAGUACCUCACAAUCACCUGGAUUUACAGAUAAAUUAAAAUCAUGGCUUUCCUGGUCAUGGACGUACAUAUGGGCUAUUUGGUUCGCCAUGGUCUUAGUUCUGAUCUACGUGCUGCGGAGCCCACUGAAGCUCCAGGAAACUCUUGCCACAGCUUCUGUCUUCCUGAACACACUGACGCCUAAAUUCUAUGUGGCACUCACUGGGACCUCGUCGCUUAUUUCUGGCCUCAUUUUGAUAUUUGAAUGGUGGUACUUCCGGAAGUACGGUACUUCAUUCAUUGAACAAGUGUCUGUAAGUCACUUGCGCCCUCUGCUGGGUGGUGUGGAGAACAGUAGUUCAGCCGGUCUGUUCUCCUCUGUGAAUGGAGACGCGGAGCCAAGACCCAGCGUGUCGGAAUGCAAAGUGUGGAGGAACCCAUUAAAUUUAUUCAGAGGAUCAGAGUACAGCAGGUAUACCUGGGUGACAGGAAAGGAGCCGUUGACGUAUUACGACAUGAACCUGUCGGCACAGGACCACCAGACCUUCUUCACCUGCGACACGCAGCAGCUCAAGCCAGAGGACGCUGUGAUGCAGAAGGCGUGGAGGGAGAGGAACCCACAGGCGCGGAUCAAAGCUGCGUAUCAGGCCAUUGAGCUGAACAAUGAGUGUGCCACAGCGUACGUUCUCCUGGCCGAGGAGGAGGCCACCACCAUCACAGAGGCCGAGAGGCUCUUCAGACAGGCUCUGAGGAGUGCCGGCAAGGACACCAACGUGCUGGUGUACAUCAAGCGCAGAUUAGCCAUGUGCGCUCGCAAGCUGGGGCGGGUCAAAGAGGCCGUGAAGAUGAUGAGAGACUUAAUGAAGGAAUUCCCGCUCCUGGGAAUGUUAAAUAUUCACGAAAACCUGCUGGAGGCCCUCUUAGAGAUGCAGGCGUACGCGGACGUGCAGGCGGUGCUGGCCAAAUAUGACGAUAUAAGCCUGCCGAAGUCUGCCACGAUAUGCUACACAUCGGCCCUGCUGAAAGCACGAGCUGUAUCAGACAAGUUCUCGCCGGAAGCGGCGUCGAGACGAGGCCUGAGCACGGCGGAGAUGAACGCGGUGGAGGCCAUCCACAGAGCGGUGGAGUUCAACCCGCAUGUGCCAAAGUAUUUAUUAGAAAUGAAGAGCCUGAUCCUGCCUCCGGAGCACAUCCUGAAGCGGGGGGACAGCGAGGCGGUGGCCUACGCCUUCUUCCACCUGCAGCACUGGAAGAGGGUGGAGGGGGCCCUCAACCUGCUGCACUGCACCUGGGAGGGAACCUUCCGGAUGAUUCCGUACCCUUUAGAAAAGGGACACCUGUUUUACCCAUAUCCUGGCUGCACAGAGACAGCAGACCGGGAGCUGCUGCCCUCGUUCCAUGAGGUGUCGGUGUACCCCAAAAAGGAGCUCCCCUUCUUCAUUCUCUUCACCGCGGGCCUCUGCUCCUUCACCGCCAUGCUGGCCAUGCUCACACACCAGUUCCCCGAGCUCAUGGGCGUCUUCGCCAAAGCCUUCUUCAGCACCCUGUUCGCUCCCCUGGGCUUCGUCAUGGACAAGAUGGAGAGCUUCAUGCCGUCCAGUUUCUGGCAUCAGCUGACUCGAAUCUGACCCCCCCCCCCCCCCCAAGCCCCCUACCACCUCCACCCCAGUGCAUUCUGGGACCUCCGCCUGCCCUCGGACCGAUGACGGGUUGCCACUUCUGUCUUCCCCCGAGUGAUACUGCACCCAGCGCUGCCCCAACACCACAUAAACACAUGAACCCACAUGUACCCAAACACACCCGUGUCCCGCCAUCCCGCCAGCAACAACACAGGCCUUCUCCAGACAGGACAGACACUUUUUGUUGUGUCAGAUUUUAAGGCAGAUUUAAAAUAUCAGGGGUGAAUCUUUUCUUUUUAAAAAAGCAGACAUUGCAAUUGAAUUGCAUCCGGAGACCCUAGAGAAAAUCGCGCGACUAGCAAAGACGUUUUAGCGCACUUUGGAGCGUGUGCAUUCGAAGUGUGUACGAACUGGCAAACUAAUGGUCCUCCGGCAGUUUGGAUUGGCUUGACGUCGCGUCAGCGUGGGAAUCGGGCUGGAAUGACGAUGCCGCUUCCGGUCGUGACGCAGGCCAAGAGGGCGGUGCUGCAGCAGCGGUGUGCAGGAGGCGUGAGCGAGCGCUGCUAUGCCCACGGCGGUCUGCAGGAGGCGUGAGCGAGCGCUGCUGUGCCCACGGCGGUGUGGGAGGAGCGGAUAGCGCGCUCUGGAUCUGCACGUCUCCAGAGCGGGGAGCGCGAGCGCGGGCGGCGUAGCGAGCGGCGUAGCUGAUUUACAGCCUCCCCUGCAGGCCCAGUGUAUAUACUGCUGUGUGUGUGUGUGUGUGUGUGUUGUUGUGUGUGUGUAUACUGCUGUGUGUGUGUGUGUGUACACUGCUGUGUGCGUGUGUGUGUGU